UCGGUUUAAAUGCCAAGCAAAGCAGUCACGUCUCCCAGAUCUCCCCACCACCCGUCGCAAGACAAUCCCCCCUCUACCUUCUCGACCCAAUCCCAAGCUCCCACCCAUCCGGCCAUGUCGAGACCCCUCCUCCUCUUUGCCGCCCUCGCCGUCGCCGUCGCCGCCCCCGCCGUCGCCGCCCCCGCCCGCGUGGGGAUGCCGGGCGGGUGGAGCGCGAUCCCGGACGUGAGCGACCCGCACAUCCAGGAGCUGGGCGGGUGGGCACUGGGGCAGGCGAAGCGGACGCGGCUGGCCGGCGAGGGGCUGCAGUUCCGCCGCGUGGUGCGCGGGGAGCAGCAGGUGGUGUCCGGGAUGAACUACCGCCUCUACGUCGACGCCGCGGACGCCGCGGGGCGGAGCGCGCCCUACGUCGCCGUCGUGUACGAGCAGGUCUGGACCAGCACCCGCGAGCUCACCUCCUUCAGCAAGGCGCCCCGCGCCAACUGAAUCGUCCGUCCAUGCCAUGACCCACCCCGGUGACCCCGGAUCGGCGGCCGACGACGACGGCGUCGGCGCCAUCUCUUCUCUCCUCCAUGUUAAUUAGUAAUUACAUCUAGCGAACAUUACUGCUGCUAGUAUAUGCUGCCAGUGAAUGAGUACUGCGUUUUACUACUAGUUGCUGUUGUGGGGUUAAUCUGUGACCCAGCUAUGUGGAUGAACAUGCGCGUAAUCGAUCGAGGCUAUGUGCUAGAAGUAGAACUAUACUGCUGGACUUGUACUAUAAUGACGUAAUCAAGAGUUUGUGUGCCUGUGUUGGCUCUUGUGUUAACGGAGUUUCGUAUUGAUGUU